AUGAGGGAACCAUGGAUCUCUGGCUUUUUCUUUGCUUUCUUUCUCAUCUUCUCAUCCAUUGAUACUCAACCUCUCUACUUUCCUACUGCCAAUCUUCCAACCACAUGGAUCAAUGAUGAAUCUUCUCUCCGUUCCAUCAAUUUCACAGAUGGCUCAAGGAUCAGAGUCAUCCUCCUUAGGACAAGCGGUUUACCUAUGUUCACAUGUGGCUUCUUCUGUAAUGGAACAUGCACAUCUUAUCUCUUUGCAAUUAUUAUCAAUUUAUUUAUGGUGGUUAAUCCUCAAGUUGUUCCGUACACCAACAAAGACUCUCCAGAGGUCAUUUGGUCAGCCAACCGUGACAAUCCAGUCAGGGAAGGUGCAAUACUGAGUCUCAAUGAAGCUGGAGAAUUGGUGUUACACGAUGUCGAUGGAAGCAUAGUUUGGACAACAAACACUAAUGGACAAUCUACUGCUGGCAUGAACCUAACUGAUAAAGGAAAUCUGAUGUUGUUCGAUGACCAUAACUCGAUGGUUUGGCAAUCAUUUGAUCACCCUACAGACUGUUUGGUAGCUGGGCAAAAACUAUUUCAAGGACAGAAGCUCAUACCUAGUGUUUCAUUAACCGACUGGACUGCUCAAAAAGAUUUAUUCUCUCUUCAAGUCACCGACAAAGGUCUGUUUGCUUAUGUGGAAUCAAACCCACCUCAAGUCUAUUUCCGUAAGUUGGUAAAUGGCAUAAAUCCAGAAAAUUAUGUAGUAUUCUUAGAUAGGAGUUUGUGUUUCUUUAUUUUUUCUACAAGGCCAAAUUAUUGUAAGAGUGUGAUUGAUAUACCUCCAGCCUUCCCAUUUCAGUUUAUAAAAUUAAUGCCAGAUGGACAUUUGAAAGUGUUUGGAUGGGAUGCUUUCGAAGGAGGGGCGAUAGUAGCCGAUCUAUUAACCGGUGAUCUAGGAGGGUGUUUUUAUCCAUUGGCUUGUGGGAGAAAUGGCAUUUGCUCGGGUAAUCAAGAAUGUAGUUGUCCAAGAUCAAGCUUUCCGGGGAUGGACUCUUUUAGGGCAGUUAAUGAUAGCGAACCCAACAUGGGUUGCUCUCAAGUUAAUCCUCUCACAUGUAACGCUACACAAGAUCAACAUUUCAUUGAACUCAAGAACGUCAAGUACUUCACCUACACUGCCGACAUGGAGGAUGUGGAUAUGGAGACUUGUAAGCAGGCGUGUCUGGGAAAGUGUUCAUGCAAAGCAGCUAUAUUUGAGUAUGGUUCGAAUUCUUCAAGUGGAAAUUGCUCUUUACCUUCAGAGCUUUUUACAAUGACGAAACUUGACGCACAUGAAAUGCGUCUUAAUUCUUCAGCUUUUAUAAAAGUCCAGAAUAGGUGUUGGGAACAGGGGACAUUGUUGGAUAUAGUUGACAGGUCCAGUAAAGAUAUGCAGGUAAAUGGCGCAGAAGUUAUGGAGAUGAUGAAAGUGGCUUCAUGGUGUUUACAGACUGAUUUUACGAAAAGGCCUUCAAUGUCAUCGGUGGUUAAGGUGUUAGAGGGAGUAAUGAAUGUUGAAUCAAACUUGGAUUACAACUUCUUGUAUCCAAGACUGCAGAAAAUAACAGAUGAACAUGAGAAAAACUCGAAACCGGUGUUGCCUUCUAUUCUAUCAGGGCCGAGGUGA